AUGGCGGCCACAAUGUUGAGGUCGCUUACCAAACUAGGACGUCCUUCAACAAAAUUAAUAUUAAAUCCAAUAAACAGUCAUAUCGGGAGCCCCAGCUGCGCUGUCUUACAAAGCAGGAAGAAACAAUGGCAGCCAGAUGUGGAGUGGACCGAGCAGUUUGCAGGCGCAGUGAUGUACCCCACUGCACUUAAUAAGAAUUGGAAACCACCUCCAUGGAACGACAAAGAUCCUCCGGCUGAGAAGGACGUCUCCAACCUGACCAUCAACUUCGGGCCGCAGCAUCCGGCUGCUCACGGGGUGUUGCGUCUGGUCAUGGAGCUCAGUGGCGAGUCUGUCAAAAAGUGCGACCCCCACAUUGGCUUACUUCACCGUGGCACAGAGAAACUAAUAGAGUACAAGACUUACCUGCAGGCUCUGCCCUACUUUGACCGCUUGGACUAUGUUUCCAUGAUGUGUAAUGAAGAGGCUUACUCGCUGGCUGUUGAAAGGCUGCUGAACAUCAGAGCUCCGCCUCGUGCUGAGUGGAUCCGAGUUCUAUACGGAGAGAUGACUCGCAUCUUAAACCACAUCAUGGCAGUCACCACUCACGCGCUCGACAUCGGCGCCAUGACCCCCUUCUUCUGGUUGUUUGAAGAACGAGAGAAGAUGUUCGAGUUCUACGAGCGAGUGUCCGGAGCCAGAAUGCACGCCGCUUACGUCCGACCCGGCGGUGUUCAUCAGGAUCUUCCUCUGGGCCUGAUGGACGACAUCUACGAGUGGUGCAAGAACUUCUCCGUCCGCAUCGACGAGGUGGAAGAGAUGUUGACUAAUAACCGCAUUUGGAAGAAUCGUACUGUGGACAUCGGUGUGGUGACCGCAGAGGAAGCCCUCAACUAUGGCUUCAGCGGGGUGAUGCUGAGAGGGUCUGGCAUCAAGUGGGACCUGCGCAAAUCUCAACCGUACGACAAGUACGACGAGGUGGAGUUUGACAUCCCGAUAGGAAGCAACGGCGACUGCUACGACCGGUAUCUUUGUAGGAUAGAGGAGAUGAGGCAGUCGCUGCGAAUCAUGCACCAGGCUCUGAACAAGAUGCCGGAAGGUGAGAUCAAGGUAGACGACGCCAAAGUGGCGCCGCCCAAGAGGUCUGAGAUGAAGAUGUCCAUGGAGUCUUUGAUUCACCAUUUUAAGCUGUACACCGAGGGCUACCAGGUCCCCCCAGGGGCCACGUAUACCGCAGUGGAAGCCCCCAAGGGAGAGUUUGGUGUUUACUUGGUGUCGGAUGGAUCCAGCAGACCCUACCGCUGCAAGAUCAAAGCUCCCGGAUUUGCCCACCUGGCCGGUCUGGACAAAAUGGCUCAAGGACACAUGCUUGCAGACGUAGUGGCUAUUAUUGGCACGCAGGACAUCGUGUUCGGGGAGGUGGACCGCUAA